AUGCAGGUACCUCGUUUUGUCUUCUGUCAAACCGGCGCCACCCAUACAACACGCCUGGGAUCAGCGUAUCCCGUCUCUCGACGACAUUUCACCAACAUGGCUUCGGCAACCACCUUCUACGAUUUCAAGCCGAACAACAAGGGCGGCAAGCCAUACGAUCUGUCGAACUUGAAGGGCAAGGUCGUAUUGGUUGUCAACACCGCGUCCAAGUGUGGCUUCACCCCACAGUUUGAGGGCUUGGAAAAGCUGUACAAAGAGGUCAAGGCCACCCACCCCAACGACUUCGAGAUCCUCGGCUUCCCUUGCAAUCAGUUCGGCAACCAAGACCCAGGCAACGACGAUGAGAUUCAGAACUUCUGCCAGGUCAACUAUGGCGUGUCUUUCCCCGUCCUCGGCAAAACCGACGUCAACGGUGCCGAUGCCAACCCACUCUGGGAGUGGAUGAAGAAGGAAAAGCCAGGCAUCAUGGGCCUACAACGGGUGAAGUGGAACUUUGAGAAGUUCUUGAUCGGCCGCGACGGCAAGGUCAAGCAACGCUGGGCAAGCACAACGGCUCCUGAUAAGCUGAAAAGCACCAUUGAAGCCGAGUUGAAGGCGUCGCCAGGCGCGUCGAAAACAGCCGCCGAAAAGCCUACCGCGACUUCCUAA